UAUGGAACAGUACGCCAUUCCGAAUAAACUUCCCUCAGAAGAGAUCAGCGUGUUAACUCACCGUAAGGGACGCCUGAAGCAGCUGGCCAAACGUUCGGAUGGAAAUCCGCCGGCGAAGAAGAAGCGCACCUCGUUUCGGAAGGUAAACACAUUUGUGGCCCAAUCUCGGAUCUCCGAGCGCGAUGCAAAGCGCAUUAAACGCAACUUCCUGAAGAGAGGCGUGCUGCCAAAGAAGGAGGUAAAGUACAAGGAAAAUCAGCUGGUGCUAGUGUACCGCCACCGUGGCAGUAAGGUCAUCGCCAACAAGGAGGUACUGAAGACGCUGGUUCGGCUCGGCCUUCCGGUACAACGGUCCGCCACCCUGCAUCGCUUGACGCACGAGCUCAUCGCACAGCUGAAGGUAGUAGAACCGUUCGUCAUCUGGGGCUAUCCGAACAUAACCGUCGUGCAGGCACUGCUGUACAAGUACGUCCGGCUGCGUUGCCUUCAAACCGGUGUCGAAACGAAGCAUCCCGUGCCGCUGACGUCCAACAAACAGGUGGAAGAUUUGUUCGGUUCGUUGGGCAUGCUGUGCGUGGAAGAUUUGCUGUACGAAAUCAUGAAAGUUGGACCCCACUUUGAUGCGAUCCGCGAGAAGCUGCGCACCUUCCUGCUGAAGGAUCCGGUCGGCGGUUGGAAGAAGGAUUCGACGAAGGGCAAACUGCGUUCGAUCGGUGGUGAGGCCGGCUUCCGAGGGGAAGAAAUUAAUGUCCUCUUCCAAAGGAUUGUGUAACCGUUUAGAAGUAUGGCUUGUAUCUAAUA